CGCAACUGCAAUACGACGCCGCUGGCCCACUACUGACCCCGUCGUCAUCCGAACCCGCCGCGAACGAAGCAUCUUGAGGCGCGCACCUGCUGCCUCCUCCCUGACCUUCCCAUGGCGCCGCCGUUCGCCGUCGCCGUCGCCGCCGUUUCCUCCUCAUCCCCUCUCUUUUCCUCCUCAUCAUCCCGCCCCAUCCUCCGCCGCCACCCGCUGCUGCGUUCUAUCUCCGUGCGGCCACGGCACCGCUCGGCUGUGGCCUCCGCCGCGGCGACCGAGUCCGCUGGGAAGCUCCUUCUCGAGGUACACGGGCUUACCGCCUCCGUCAAGGAGAAUGGGCAGCAGAUCCUAAAAGGCGUCGACCUCACCAUCCGCGAGGGCGAGGUUCAUGCGAUCAUGGGGAAGAACGGCUCCGGCAAGAGCACCCUCACAAAGGUUCUUGUUGGCCAUCCACACUACGAGGUAACUGGUGGUACCAUUCUCUUCAAGGGUGAGAACUUAAUUGACAUGGAGCCAGAGGAGAGAUCUCUUGCAGGCCUCUUUAUGAGCUUCCAAGCGCCUAUUGAAAUUCCUGGAGUGAGCAAUUAUGAUUUUCUGCUCAUGGCAAUAAAUGCUCGCAGAGAGAAGGAUGGUCUGCCAGCUUUGGGACCUCUUGAGUUCUAUUCUGUUGUAUCACAAAAAGUCGAGGCCUUAAAGAUGGAGCCAAAGAUCCUUGAUCGUAAUGUAAACGAAGGAUUUAGUGGUGGAGAAAGGAAGCGCAAUGAGAUACUGCAACUUUCUGUCCUUGGGGCUGAUUUAGCCCUCCUCGAUGAAAUCGAUUCUGGAUUAGAUGUUGAUGCACUCGAAGAUGUAGCUCAUGCAGUGAAUGGGCUCUUGACUCCCCAAAACUCCGUUCUGAUGAUUACGCAUUACCAACGUCUUUUGGAUCUUAUUAAGCCAAGCUAUGUUCACAUCAUGGAAAGUGGCAAGAUAGUGAAGACAGGUGACAGCUCUCUAGCCAGCCACAUCAACGAGGGUGGCUACAAAUCAAUCGCUUCUUUUGUAUAGCAUGAAUAAGGUUUUUCUUUUGUUCACUCUUCUUUUUCCUAUUUUUUUUUGAGAGAGACAUUGUUUGCUCUUAUGAUGACAUGAGGACCCAUGCAUCUUCAUGGUGAAGAAUGAUGAAAGAACUAUCUAUAUUGGUUCUGCAAAGAUGGACCAGCUUCUUGUGGAUUUGGCUGAUUUUAGAUGCUCCUUUACAGGUCAAAUGCUUGAAUUCCCAGCCACUAGUCUAUUUGUCUGAACAAACUGGUGACUAGUUGGGUUCUAUAUAUUCUUAUGCCCGGUGAAACGUGCUAACUUAUGUGAAAUUGUAGAGCUAGUGCCCAUUUGGCCAGGCAUAUCAUCCUUUUGGAGGUGGAGCACUGGAGUUCUGAAUUGCCCCCGGCCAUAUUUCUCUUUCUCGUCCUGUAAGAUUUGUUGGAUUUCCAAUAUUAAUACAUUUAUACAUGUAGUUAUAUGCGGGGCAGCAUCUUGCAUGCGCAUAUGACCGACAAAGUUGUAUCCGAAUUUUCUCUACAAUUGGAGACAGUUUUGAAUAUCACUUAAUGCUUCUCUGGUA